GAGUUACUAGUUUGAUCAUCGAGGGAAUACUAUAGGGAGAAUAAUAACUAUUUUUAUGAAGCAACAUUAUGAACAGUUUCGAUUAAUUUGAACUACAUAUAUUUAAUAACAAAUAUAUUUAAAAUAUAUUUUUAUAUUUAAAACCACUGAUUGAAUUUAAAAUUUCUUUAUGUUCAAUAAGUCCCUAGGGUAUGUUAGUAAACAGAUGAGAGGUUAGGAUUCACACUGUCAAAAAUAUUCAUCGUUCACAACACGUGAUCUUUUAUAUUUUCAAUUGAAUGAUAUAAUAUUAGGACUGAUAUCUGGUGCAAAUAGCGUUUAAAAGAAAGGCGAUUUAAGGAUUUGUGAACACAGAACGAUAGAAUGGCAAAAUCAAUUCGAAGCAAAUGGAGAAGGAAGUGUAGAGCAAUUAAAAGAGAACGUUAUGCAGCAAAGGAAUUGGAGAGAUUGAAAAAAACAUUAGGCAUCACAGAAAAUGGUUCAGUGGACAGUGAAAUGAAAGAGAUAUCAGAAAUAGCAACUGUCGUUGACGCAAAGUUUAUAAAAGAUACUGCAAAAACAAAAGAAAAUGAAGGAGGUAACUCAGAAAAUAUGGAAGUAGAUAAGGAAGGUAAGGUAUAUAGUAAAAGGACAAUGCGUGACCAAUAUGGAAAUUAUCCGGUAUGGAUGAACAGAAGAAAAAUUGCUAAAUUCAAAAAAGGUAGAGCAAAGUCACAAAAAAGUGGUAUGAAAUCAAAGAAAAGAUUAACUAGAAGACAGAAGAAGGCAACAAAACAGAAUUAACUUUUGUAUCAUAUUAGUAAUACUAAUUGAUGUCUUUUUAUUCAACUCUACAUGUAAUUGUAUAAAAAU